GCCAAAGUUUUUAUUCCAGAUGCGUUGCAGGGCCGAAGGACAAGGCACCAUGAUGUUUGUACAAAACAACAUCUAUGCAGCAGCAAUUCCACCAGUCCCGAGUCCUCCCAAGCAAGCUAAGUUCUCCUAAAAUCCUCCACAUUUUCUAGCCGCCUUUCAGAUUCUUGGUAGCUAUGGCGGACAAUGUCGACGACGCCGACAAAAGAAAGGAGAAGUUUCUUUGCGUCCAAAGAGCACAGAGCGUGCCUAUGGAUUUGGGCGCUUUAAAUCCUUCCAAUCCUCUCAAUCCAAGGCGCUCGGCAGGAUCUCGAACUGGAUUGAGUGCUCGCAUCAAAUUCGCAGGAACUCUGGACAAGAUCAUGGGCAAUUCCAAGCCGCCGCAGCGGCAGCACCGAAGAACUGAUCGAGCCCAGCAGCCAGCUCUUGUCCUUGGCCCCGUGAUUGGCAAAGUCACACACAACAGCGCCCGGGUUUUGAUCGAGGCGAGUCGCGAUUCCUUCGUUACGGCUGUGCUAGAGGCGGUCGAGGAAGACAUGGACCCAUCGAAGAAAUCCUCGUCCCUCCGCAAAGACCAUAGCUGGGCCUCGUCAAUCCUGCGCUGGGGAAGCCACAAGAUCACGAGGAAAGCGCAGAGCGUCGCGGAGAAUGGAGAUUUUCUCACGGCAGUCAAGGAGGAGGAGGAUCAAAUCCAAGAGGGCUCGUCGAUUACCCAGCUGGAGAAGGAGUUUCGAGCUGGAAGGCCGGGAGUGUUUCACUUUACGAAUCUCAAGCCUGGCACGAGAUACAAGGUGGAAUUCAAGGGCUGCCUCUAUUCCAUCCCGGGAAGUUUCAAGACUUUGAGCACUCCGGGAUCUACGAACUAUAACGUCAACUUUGGCGUCAUCAGCUGCAACAAUGUCUAUAUCACACAGAAGGCGAUUCCAAUCCACUCGGAUUUGUGGUCGCAUCUCUACAGGAGUGUGAGCGCUGGAAAGAUUGACUAUCUCAUCCAUCUUGGUGAUCAAAUCUAUGCCGAUGUGGAGCCAGAAGUUGGCGGACCAGAGCUCGACCGUUUCCAAGUCUCCAAGACAAUUCUCGCGGACGUUCCUCCACUCCACCGCGAGAAAAAGAGAGAAGAGAUUUGUGAGCUCUACCGCGAGGCAUACCGAGAAACUUGGAGCCAUCCACCAACGGCGAAGUGCCUGGCAAAUUGUCCAAACCUCAUGAUUCUCGACGAUCACGAGAUCCGGGAUAACUGGGGAGACCUUCCCGAGGAUUGGGACGAGAGCAGCGUCGAGUUUUUCAUAGCUCGCUGUGGAUGGAUCGUUUAUCUCGAGUACCAGCGACAGCUUCACGAGGAUGUAGAUUUCUCGAGCCUGGAAAGCAUUGACAAGGAGUAUCACUUUCAUGUCCUUGGAGGAAUCGGACUUAUGUUUGUGGAUAUCAGAGGCUCACGAACUUUCCACCGCGAGAGGGAUGACGAGAACGCCUACCUUGGAACCAAACAAUGGAAGGAUAUCUCCGACUCUCUCUCGUCUCCGGGAGGAAUUUUCAAUGGAGUCUCUGCACUGCUCUUGUGUGCCACUGCUCCACUCGUCUUCCUCGAGCCCGUGAUCACCAACGUCGCGGCCAAGAGAGUGAAUCGUCUCGAGGAUUUCAAAGGCCACUGGUCGGCCCAGCCUCACACCGAAGAACAGAUUCGAAUGAUCGACGCGCUCGCGAGCUGGAAGGCUGCCCAAGAUGGUCGUCAAGUUCUCGUCCUUGGAGGUGAUGUUCACUGUGGAGGCCACUCGGAAGUUCUCAAGGACAACGAGAUCGUCUUCCAGCAGCUGACUUCGAGCGCCAUAGCCAACACUCCUCUCCCCAAGACGGCCUAUUACUUCAUGAGACUGGUCGGACGCUUGGGAGGCUCGCUGAGAACCGGCUACACUUUCAAGCACUAUCACUGGACGAGAUCACGAAACUAUGGUCUCGUGCGGGUGAAGAUACUUAAAGUUGACCAGAGAAAACCAAGUUUUGCCGAGAUCACCUCGCAGCUCGUCAAGGGAAAGUUCAUGAGAGGAAUCCUGUUGGGAGCAAAAGUCAGCAGCACGAGGAUAACAGAGAAGAAAAAGAAAAAGAAAAAGAACAGACCUUUCAACUGUUGUGUGUCAUCGGCUCACAGUACUGCUGCCUGAGUCAAAAAGAAAUCAGACACACGACAAAGAGUUGCACGAGACCACGAAAGCUCAUCACUUUGGACCACUUGUCACUAAAUAGUACAAAGAUUUCUCAGUGCU